AUGCUUGGUAGCAGUUUCUGUGAUGCUCUACUUGGUGGUUCAAAUAUUGAAUUGGUACAAGUUGUUGUUUCAGAUAUUAAGAGAAUUGUUGUCAUGAUUGUGAUUAUGGUUGUAUUAAUUGUGGAGCUAAUUGUUAGAUUUGUUGUGGAGUUAGAGAAUAUAGUUUGGCUUAUUUGGCUUAAUUGUGUAGAGCUUAGAGUUGUAGUCAUUGAUGUUUGUGUAAUCAGAAUAGAAAUAAUAAUCUGUGCUUGA